AUGUAUAUAUUAUAAUACAUAUAUUUUAUUUUGUAGUUGAAAGAACUUGUAUAAAUCAACUGGUAAUUUUUGCAAACAAAAAAUAUUGAGUUCAGUUUUUUCCCUUUUAAUAUAACAAACUUUUAAAAAUGGAAGUAGCCAAAGUGGCAGAUAUUGACGAGAAUAGGGCGGCAAAUUUGAUAACUGAUUUGAAUUUGGAAAUAAAAGUGUUUUUGGAUAAAUUUUCAACUUUCAGAAAAGAAUAUAAUAUAACGGACAUUAAUUUGCUUAAUAACUUACAGUCGCUUUAUGAAGAGAUAACAAAAUUUAUUGAUGGGAAUCCUGUAAAUAAACAUACGGAAGAGCGCACAAACAUAGAUAUAGAUAUUUUAAAGAAAAAUGCAAUUCUGAAAAUGUAUGUUUGUGAUAUGUGUCAGGUUGAAGUUGGUGAUAGAUCACGCCAUAUAACCAGGCACAUAUUAGAGCACGCCAAAAACCAUUCUAUAAAAACAAUUGUUAAAGAUGCACAGGCCGAGUAUGAUGUGGAUAGUAAUGAUCCAAAAAAUGUCAAAAAAAAAAACAAAAAGGCAAAAAAAGAAGAAAGGAUAAAAAAAAUUGAAAAGCUUCCAAAAAGAGCUAAAUCAUUCCUCUCCAGUGAUUUAGGCGCAUUUUUGGAUAAGGCAGUGCAAUUGGGCAAAAAACUAAUGGAAAUUCCUGAAUACGAAAUUGUUGAAAAAAGGUUAUUCGAUGCUUUGAAACCAGGGUUUCCUGAUUUAAAAAUAUAUUUUUUUGGAUCAAGAAUUAAUGGAUUAAGUAACCCUAAUUCUGAUUUAGAUGUAUUUUUAGAUGUCGGAAAAGUAUAUCACACAUAUAAGAGAAAUGCGAAUGAAAGUAAGAAAAUAAAAAACGUAGAGAGUUUGUUACGUAAAAAUAUUGAGUGGAGAAAUUUUCACUCAGUGAAGAAUGCAAGAGUUCCAAUUUUAAAAGCUUUUUAUGUGACUGAUCAAUUUCGAAUUGAUUGCGAUAUAAGUUUUUCACAUGGAUUGGGCCAUUUAAACACAUUAUUAAUCAAAUAUAUUUUUGAACUGCAACCAAUAUGCCAUAAACUUUGUUUAUUUUUAAAACAAUGGAUAAAAGUAACAAGCCUCAAUGAUUUAGUUUCAACCUAUGCUUAUGUUCUAAUGGCUGUAUACUUUUUUCAAACAAAGAACAUGCUUCCUUCCAUAAAAACUUUACAGGAUGGAAUAAAUACACCUUUAGAAAUAGGGCCUUGGGAAGGAGAUUUCAUUGAAAAAUCUUUAAAUGAUUUAAAUAUAGAAAAGGUGGACGAUACAAACAAAAUAUGUUUAAAAUAUAUUAAAGAAUUCUUCAAGUUUUAUGCUGAAUUUAAUUUUGAAAAUUUAAUUGUGUGUCCAUAUUUGGGGAAACCUGUUGAAAAAGCGGAAUUACACGGCGUUGACUUAGAUAGCAUUCCAAGAUAUAAGAAUUAUUACUUAAUGGAUCCUAAAGAAAACGGGUUUCUAACAAACAAACCAGUUUGCGUAAUGGAUCCUUUGGAAUUAAAUCAUAACGUUACUAAAGGCAUAUCAAUGAAUUGUCUUCAAAUGAUGAAGCAAUACUGGAAAAUAACAUUCGACGAACUGUCAAGUCGAGAAUAAUGUUUGAAUAACCACUUCCCUUUGAAUUAUUUAAUUUUUAAGAUAUAUUUUUUGUUUAAUAAAUAAUAUAAAUAAUAAUUAAUGACGACAUGUAUGUAAUUCUGAUGCGUGUCAAAAAACUUCUAAUUUUGAAUAAUCAUUUUCAAUUCAAAUA